AUGAAGCUUGAACGCUAUUACGAUCUACGAAAUGAGUUCAUUUUCGAUAUGGUACGAUGGUCCGUGCAACACGACCAUCCAGCUGAAUCGAUACCAAAGUCACGUAUGGAAUUCAAGAAAUCUGGAAAACGUUAUUACGAUCUACGUAAUGGGUCUAUUUUCAUAAUGGAGAUCGUAUGUAAUUCUGUUAAUGAAAAAAAGCUAACAAACGCCCUUGAAGUUACAACCAGAGUCUGUACCACGUAUAGUAAACAGGCGUUUACCGAGGCGAUAUUGAGCGCGUGCAAGACUUUUGUAGUCUACCACCGCAUCAAACGCCCUCAAAAUGAAAACUCCCCACAAGCCACAGGAAAGCCAACAAAUACUUGUACCAAUAAACCAUAUGCCAAGACCAACAAAAGGAAACAACAAACAAAAUUUGCGACAAUUGAAAUUAUAUUUGUUUGCUAUUUGCUGCUGCUCUGCUUUCACAGCAAUAUCGGGCACAUUUCCGCUGCUUAUUAUAACCACAACAACAAGGUCAUUUUGUUGGCGGAGCAACCUAAGACAGCGGUAACCUUAUUCAACAAUAGUAAUCAAACAAAUACAUAUAAUAUUGCAACAACUUGGUUGAAAACGAAUUCUUCAACAAAAUCAUCAUCAUCGUUGCCAUUGUCGUCCUCAUCAACACUGGAUAAUUCUUUAAACCGUCACAAUAAAAAUGGAGUUGUCACUGUAUAUAAUAAAAAUAAUCUUAAUAAUAUUUACAAUAAUAAAAAUAAAGUCAUUAUUCCCACGCAUAAUGAAAUCACUAGCCACAUCACUCUGGCUGCCACAGCUGCCGCGCCUGCUGUUAUUUAUUCAACAAGUUCUACUUUUACAGCUUCUACCACAACUGCAAUAUUUAAUAUAUCGUCGGGAACUUCUAAUGCGGCUGCAACAUCAUCCUUCAAUGACACUUUUUACGAUGACAAUGAAGUACCAGAAAUUCCAUCAUAUAUACGAACCACUGCCAUGUUUUUCUGCAUUGUCAUAAUGUUAAUGGGUGUUAUUGGAAACGUAAUGGUUCCCAUAGUAAUUGUUCGCACGAAAGACAUGCGUAAUUCCACGAAUAUAUUUUUAACGAAUCUCAGUAUUGCUGAUCUAUUAGUGCUAUUAAUUUGUACACCCACCGUAUUAGUGGAACUAAAUACAAAACCUGAAACAUGGGUAUUAGGACAUGAAAUGUGCAAAGCUGUGCCCUUCGUAGAACUAACCGUUGCUCAUGCCAGUGUCUUAACUAUAUUGGCCAUAUCAUUUGAACGUUAUUACGCCAUAUGUGAACCAUUAAAAGCCGGUUAUGUCUGUACCAAAACUAGAGCAAUAUUAAUCUGUUCUUUGGCUUGGGGUAUUGCUGCAUUAUUUACCAGCCCCAUUAUUUUAAUAGCCACUUAUCGUUUGGAGCCCUAUUACGAUGGUACUUUAGUGGCAGUUUGUUUUACUUCAGCCGAAACAUUUUGGAGUACAUUUUACUUUGUGGCCAGCAUAAUAGUAUUCUUUUUUAUACCCUUCGCCAUAUUGGUGGUACUCUAUACAGCCAUUGCUUAUAAAUUAUUAAGAAGACAUUCGGAAUUUCAGCGUCCCACCUCACCCAACAUAAAUGAGGCAGUAACAACGGCUGCAAUGGAAGUGGUAACCGAAACGAAUAGCUGCAUUAUGCCCUCUAAGGAAAUUAUAGUGAAAUUAUCGGCUGCCCGCCGUAAUCGAGUCAAUUCACAUCCUCAAAAUAAUAGUUUGCGCAAACAUCGCAAACAAGUGAUAUUUAUGCUGGUGGCAGUGGUAGCAAGUUUUUUUCUUUGUCUCUUACCAUUUCGUGCUUUUACCAUUUGGAUUAUAGCCAGUUCUCAGGAGGAAGUGGGCUCAUUGGGUUUAGAAGGUUAUUACAAUAUUUUAUACUUCUGCCGCAUUAUGUUGUAUCUGAAUUCAGCCCUUAAUCCUAUACUUUAUAAUCUAAUGUCCUCGAAAUUUCGCAGUGGUUUUUGGCGUCUCAUUGUUUCCUGUUGUCGUCAUCAUAAGCGUAAAAGAAAUCUAUGUUCUCGCCAUCAGAUCACCACCUAUACGAAAAGGGAAACAAAUGUUAUAAAAAAUAGCAAUAGUUUAAGAUCUCGUAGACCUUUUAGGAGAGAAGCAACUUUUUUGGGAAAUUCUAUAUCAACUUCAUCGGGUACAGAACGUACAUCGACCACCUGGCGUAGUGGUAGUGUUUCAACAUCGGUUACUGGCGUCAUGAAAGCACCCGAGUCACAUUCAUUAGCAGCAGCUAUAACCGAUAUGAGUACGGCGGCUUUAACUACCUUGUAUUUUAAUUAAGAACAUACUUAUAUUCAUCUUAGAAAUUGGUAACAAUUAUAGUGAACCUUAAAUGUAAAUAUUAAUUAAUUGAGUAAAUGCAUCCGCCAUUUCUUAAUAUUAAAAAAUUAUUAUAUUAUUUAGGAUAAAUUUGGAUAUGUUUCGUAUUAAGUCAUAACUAAAGUAUUAAGCUGCACUGAACAAAUUUAAUAAAUAAAUUUAAUGACAUGAUUAAUUUUGAGACUAGAUUUAGAUUCAGUGCUGCUCAAUCCUUUUAGAAAAGUAUAUUUUGGAUUCUUGGUUAGAAGUAUGUUGCCCGGUGUUAAUGGCAUUUUAAACGUACUCAAUUAAUUAAUAUUUUUAUUAUGUAAUUAAACAUUAAUCACAUGUAUAAAUUAGACUAUUUUAAACGAUGAUAGAUUAAUAAUUAAAAUGCCAAUGAUAAUUGCAAAUUAAUAAUUCUGCUAACAGAAACUAAUUGUAAAGAAAAACAUACAUUUUUACGUGUGUAAUUAAUUAAACUGAAGUAGUAAGAAAACAUGAAAUAAAAAAUAAUAAAUUCCAAUUAAAACGUUAUAAUUGUAGCCAAUACAUUGUUUCAAUCAAGCUAUGAAAAUAUUUAAACAAUGAAGAAUAUUAUACAACUGAAACAAUGUUUUAAAGAUUAAUUAAAAAAAAAAAAGAAUUUAUAAACAAAAACUUUUUAUUUUUAAGUACGUUAUUUAAAAAAACUCACUUCAUAUGAUUACAUAUUGUUUAUUUCUAAAUUUUCAUGGAUAAAACCAUAAAAAUUUUUAAAAAGAAUAGAAAAAUAUAUAAUUACACAUUUGGUUCCUAUUAAUUUAAAUAUAA